AUGUCAUCCUCUGACUCUCACGGUUUUAGUCGUAGUCAUUCAAUAUACUCUCACGGUUUUAGUCGUAGUUAUUCAAUAUCCGAGCUUCGUGGUAGAAUAGGAAGAUCCCCAGAAUACCUUCAAAGCCUUCAAGGCCCAGUUGGCACCCUUAACUCGGAAGAUUAUCAUUAUCAGACCACACUUGUUAAUUCUCUUUUUAGCAAAGUAUACCAAGUCAAAGACCAACGCACCAACGUACUUUAUGCGGCUAAACAGCUUUGGGUGGUUGAUGCACAGAAUUGUGUCAGUGCGAUUCCCGACAUCUGCAAUGAGAUUGAUAUCCUGGCCGCCAUCAAUCAUCCCUCGAUUGUCAACUUCGAAGGAUUCUUCUCAAACGACCCAUAUACUACACUUAUCUUUGAAUACGCUCCCGGUGGUGAUUUGAAAGACCUUCUUACUGCGUCAGACAACAUAUCACAAUCAGAAACAGUUAUAUACACGACUCAGCUUGCUGAAGCUAUCCACUAUCUACAUGACCAAAGCAUUAUACACCGGGACUUAAAACUUAAAAAUAUACUCGUGUUUCCAAACGAAGUAGUCAAAAUCGCCGAUUUUGGAACCGCUACUUUCCUACCUGAAUGUGGAUACGUUUCCGAAGUCUGUGGCACACCUUAUAUUCAACCUCCUGAGAUGUUGUCCGGGAGUACCUACUCCAAGCCAAUCGAUUGGUGGGCUUUAGGCAUAGUGAUGUAUGAACUCCUCAGCAACGAAAGACCGUUUGUAAAACUAUCAUAUACAGGGAGUGAUAUAACCAAUUCGGACCAUCAAAUCGCCUACCACAGCUCUUUUGGACCUGACAUUUUUGCUGUUAUAUCUUUGUUGUUAUUAAGGGACCCGCAAGAGCGUUUGACUUCACUGGACGCUCUUCAACAGAUUGAAAUCUUCAAGAAGUAA